UCAACAAAUGCCCCCAACCGCGCCAUUCCUGCAUCGUCGCAACCCUCACCACCACCCACCACCAGGACCUCCUCCCACGCCACCACCAAACCAUCAACCCCACACGUUAAAAGAAGAUUUCCUUUUCUCCAUUCCCCCGCGCCUUGCCGGCUAUGCAGUCAUGAGGCGUGCUUCUCUCUCGCAGCCCGCCUUACAUCCUUCUCAUCUCCGUAGUCCGACACUAGCUAAUCAGCGACAAGCCGGAGGAAUCUCAGAUGCGGCGCUAGUGCAGCGCGACUACUCCGCUUUGCCAGUUCUGUCUGCGGCGUGAGAUGCCGGCAGUAAUGCGGCGGAGGUGCAGAUUAGAAGCUUGUGUGGAUGUUGUGGUAUAAGAAGGGCGUCGGCGUUCGCGAUGCA